GUCAUUUCCCGCUGCCAAUGUCGGCUUUUCAAUAAUGAGCCAUCACGGUCAUAUGUGGGCCCAAAGCCGUCUGACCGGGCCGGGCUCCCUAUAAUAACAGAGGCGCCAUUUCCAGGUUCGCCGCACAACGCUAUCUCAACUUCUCUACCCAAAGUCCUCUGCUCUGCUCUCCUGUUGCAGCUGUUGUUGUUGUCCGUUCUUCUUCUUGGCCUUCGCAAUCGCGUCCAUGGAGCUAGCUGCUUCCGCGUCGGCGUCCGUCUGCUCCUCGUACCACCACUUGUCCACGCAGGCCGAUGCCGACGACGGCGGCGCGCCGUCGACCCCGCGGCGGAGGAAGCACGCCGCCGCCGGAUGCGGGCUCCGGCGGCGGUGCUACACCGUGCUGAAGCAGCAGCGGACGAGGCUCUACAUCCUGCGGCGGUGCGUCUCCAUGCUCCUGUGCUGGAACGAGCACGACCUGUCGGACUGAGCCUGGAUCGACCUGCGGGCGGGCUGUGGGUCUGGGCCGGGCCUGUAGGUAGCUGGCCCCGGUUCAGAGUAUGUAUGUACUUUUGUUUUUUGGGUAGAGACACGUUUGGAGUAUACAUAUAUAUAAAAAAUACUCCGUGCCGGUUUGUUGAUAGUGAUCAUGAAAUCAGUUUUUUUUUAUCUGACGAUGUGUUCGGGAAUGAUGUUUGACGAAAGCAAUGCCAAUACAAGAUGUGAUGCAAUUGCA